AUGAUACUUCGAGAUUCGAUUCAUAAGAAUUCAAGUUGUGAUGGUAAUUAUAACGAUGAGACGAAUGAUGGUGCGGAUAAUGCGGAUGAAAGUGAAAGUGAUAGCGAUGAAGAUUUGGAAGCUGGCGAUAAAUGAAUUCUAUCAAUAUGUUGUCUGUUCCAACAAUUGGAACCAAUUGGUGUAUUUAUAAAAGUUGCUAUUGUUGGAAAAGAUAUGUUUGAAAUUAAAGAGCAGAGUUAUAUUAUAAAAUUCAUUACUGAAUUUCAAGCAAAGGAGUUCUGGGAAUUUAACACUCAUCAACUAUCAUUGGUCAACGUUGGUCAACAUUUUCUGGAUUCUGAAUUUACAUUAUUAGCUCGAUUUUAUGUUAGCCAAUCCAACACUAAUGAGCUUUGUCACAUCUGGGAUCGCUAA